AAACAACAACUAGAUGGCGUUCAGGCGGAUCGUGUCGGGGCGUUUAUCGAUCUGAAUUCUGCAAGGCUGGCAGGUGUGUAUUAGGUGUCAUUCUCAGUCGCUAGAUACUUCCUCAUUGUUGCCCAACAAUCUUCUUGUUAAACAGAACGAUGGACGCGUUUGGCGAUGACUUCACGGGAAUGUCGGAAGUUGCCGAAGUUGAUCCGGCUGCUGAGUUUCUAGCGAGAGAACACGAUCAGUUAGCUGGAUUAGAAGAUCUCAUACCCGCAGUAUCACAACCAGAACCGGUGGAAGCUAUUCAAGAUGAUUUCAUGACCGAAAAUGCAUUUGAAGUCCAAGCUAGCGAAGAGGCUAUUAACUUUGGUGGGGAUGCCUUUUCCGAAGUUGAAGUUGACCAUGGAUUAAGCAAUCAACUUUCUGGUAUGGGUUUGAAAGAGAAUGGCUAUGCACCUCAAAUGAGUAAUUCUGUUCCACGAGAGGAGCCGGAAAAAAUACGUAAAUGGAGAGAGGAACAAAAAUUACGCUUGGAAAGAAAAGACGAGGAAGAAGAACGAAAAAAGAAGGAAAUGAAGGAAGCGGCUAAGAAAGAGCUAGAAGAAUGGUACAAACAUCACAAGGAAGCUAUUGAUAAAACCCGUUCCGCCAAUAGGGAGGCGGCAAUAAAUGCCGAAAAGGAGCUAAUUGGCACACCAACAGAGAUAGAGCCCGGUCAAGAAUGGGAACGAAUUGCUAAACUUUGUGAUUUUAAUCCAAAGGCCAGCCGAAACAACAAAGAUGUCUCUCGUAUGCGUUCCAUUAUUCUUCAACUGAAACAAAAUCCGACUGUCACUGCCGUUGGGCAUUAAACUUUUUCACGUUUUUAUACCACUCAUUAUCAGUUUUGUUGAAGAAGUUUAGAAAUUCAUCUUUCCCAUUUCCAACAAUAAAUGUUUUAGUCUUAUAAGGAAUAAACUAAGCUAAACUACCA